CAGUAAUAGCCGUCCUAACCAUGAGUUGAGCUCCUCGCUAGGUAGUUUCCCUUCCUUGUGGGGGCUUAAAAUGCGUCCGUUACAGGGAAACCAGCCUGUCGGAUAAUGCGAUACCGGAGUUGGCCGUACGCUAUUGCGAUAUAUACUCGCCCGCCAAGUUGCAACAUGGUUCAUCAUGGUUCCAGUUCUCGAAUAAUCUGACACUCCUGUCUCAAAAUCGUCUUGGAACAAACAAUCCACCCUCAAUUAUACGCUAUCAUAAGAAAAAUGGCUGAAGCAAAGGCGCCCGUUGCCUUCAUCGGCCUGGGAGCCAUGGGCUUCGGCAUGGCCACCCAACUUGUCAAGCAAGGCUACCCAGUUACCGGCUUCGACGUCUGGCCCCCGACACUUGAAAGAUUCCAGCAAGCCGGUGGUAUCAUCUCAUCAACACCGGCUGAGGCUGUUCAGGGCAAGGAAUACUGCGUGUGCAUGGUUGCGACGGCUCAGCAGGCGCAGGAGGUGCUCCUCGAAGGCUCCAAUCCAGCAGUCCCCGCACUCGCCAAGGAUGCUGUUCUUCUGCUGUGCUCAACAGUAGCUUGCGGCUAUGUCCAGGAGCUAGCCCAGCAAAUUAAGAACAGCGGUCGUCCAGAUAUUCUGCUUGUCGAUUGCCCCGUGUCUGGCGGGGCAAUCCGAGCCGCCGAUGGAACCCUCUCCAUCAUGGCCGGAGCAGCAGAUGAGGCUAUCGCAAAGGGACGUGACCUCCUCCAAGCCAUGUCGGAUCCGGAAAAGCUCUACAUUGUUAAUGGUGGUGUCGGCGCCGGCAGCAAUAUGAAGAUGUGCCACCAAGUCCUCGCCGCCAACCAGAUCCUUUCCUCGAACGAGAGUAUGGGUUUCGCAGCCCACCUGGGCCUGGACUUGACGGAGACUAGCAAGGCGCUGAUCGCAUCAGAAGGGUGGAGCUGGAUGUUGGAGAAUCGCAUGCCACGCAUGCUCCAUCCCGAGUUUCAGCCCGUUGCCAGUGCAGUUACGAUCAUCCUGAAGGACACUAGCAUCAUCACUUCAGAAGCUAGGCGCUACGGCUUCCCGACACCCAUGACCAGCACUGCCGAGCAGGGAUACUUUACAGGGCUCGGAAGAGGCUUUGGAUCUGACGAUGAUGCCAGUCUCAUUCGAGUGUAUACCGAAGGAAAGGGCAAGGUUGGACCCGUGAAGGGACAAGCCGAGACCAAGGAUGCGAAACUGAAGCUGGUUAUCAGUCUGUUGAAGGGCAUCCACCUCUGCGCAGCUGCCGAGGCCCUCACCUUUGCGCACAAGGUCGGUCUCGAUCUUGACCAGGUUUUCGAUCUAUGCAUCAACGCUGCAGGUGGCAGCACCAUGCUCAAGACUUUUGGAGGCGACAUGAUAAAGAUCCUGAGAGGUGAGCCACCGGUGGUAGUAGACGGGCUGGCGGCCCUCACCCAAGAGCUUCACGAGGCGGUCAAUGAAGCGCAACGGUUGAAGAUGCCUCUCUUCCUCGGCUCUCAAGCGCUAAACAUUCUCCGGUUAGUGCUGCAGCAUAAGCCAAAGGAUCGUCCGGAGGCACCGAUGGCCUUGGCCGUCAAGGUCUGGGCGGCGUAGGUGUGAAGUGACACGUUGGAUUGCUGGGGACCGGGAUCGGAACCGGGGUUGGAGGAAUGGACCAACGGCAUAUCCGUAUCGUAGUCAUUCAAUAGAAAAGACUCCAAUUUCUCUUCCACGUCACG